AUGGCCCUGUCCCCACAAGGGAUCCUGAGCGUGGAGACCCUGGACGGCUCAGACCCUGACCCGCCAGAGGGGAGCUCCUUCCUGGAGCCAGAGGCAGAGCACCACACGGACAUCAUCCUGCUGGGCUCCAGUGAGCCUUCAGAGCUGUCAUCCCCCGCUUCCCCAGGGCCCAGCAGAGAGCUCAUUGCAUAUGAAGUCAAGGUCAACGAGAGGAACAUAGAAGACAUCUGCAUCUGCUGUGGAAGUUUCCAGGUGCACACGCAGCACCCUUUGUUUGAGGGAGGGAUGUGCGCUCCGUGCAAGGACAAGUUCCUGGGCCGCCUGUUCCUGUAUGACGAUGACGGGUACCAGUCCUACUGCUCCGUCUGCUGCUCCGGGGACACGCUGCUCAUCUGUGAGAACCCCGACUGUACCCGGUGCUACUGCUUCGAGUGCGUGGACACCCUGGUGGGCCCUGGGACCUCGGGGAGAGUCCAGGCCGUGAGCAACUGGGUGUGCUUCCUGUGUCUGCCCUUUCCCCGCAGCGGCCUCCUGCGGCGUCGCAAGAAGUGGCGGGGCUGGCUGAAGGCCUUCUGUGACGGCGAGUCGGAGAACACGCUGGAGACGUACAAAACGGUGCCUGUGUGGAAGAGGGAGCCGGUCCGGGUGCUGUCCCUGUUUGGGGACAUCAGGAACGAACUAACGAGUUUGGGCUUCUUGGAACCUGGUUCUGACCCAGGAAGACUGAAACACUUAGAUGACGCCACCAAUGUAGUGAGGAGGGACGUGGAAGGAUGGGGCCCGUUCAACCUCGUGUACGGCUCCACGCCCCCCGUCGGCCACGCCUGUGACCAUCCUCCGGUGUGGUACCUGCUCCAGUUCCACCGCGUCCUGCAGUACGCGAGGCCCCGGCCGGCCCGCCAGCAGCCCUUCUUCUGGAUGUUCGUGGACAAUCUGGUGCUGACCCAAGAGGACCGGACCGUAGCCACUCGCUUCCUGGAGGCCGACCCCGUGACCAUCCAGGACAUCUGUGGCAGAACCAUCCAGAACGUGAACGCGGUGCACGUGUGGAGCAACAUCCCGGCCGUGAGAAGGUGCUCCCGGCGCGUCCCAGGGCCUUGGGGCGCUUGCAGUGGGGGUGGGGACGCCGGCCCAGCAUCAGCGAAGUCUGGGAACACGGAGUUUUCUAGACGGAGCCAUGCCCGGGCAGCCUCCGUGCCCAGGUCAGGGGCUGUGUCCGGUGUGCCUCUUUUCCGCCAGAUUCUGGGCUUGAUCCAGGUCAGGACUGCCCGCUCCCACUUUGGGGACCUUUCCCCAGCCUCUUGCAUCAAGGCUGCCUGAGGCUGUCCCCUCAGGACUUUGCAGGGCCUCCCUGGGUCCUGAGAAGAAAGUCCAAAUUCCCGGACACCCGUCACCUGGCCCUGGAAACCACCCAGCCUUCUGGAGCUCUGCCCUGCCCUGCCCUGCACACAUGCACACCCACUCCCACCCACCUGCUCACACUCAUUCACACACACAGGCUCACACACACUGUCACACUCACACAAGCUCACACACAGUACAUUUCUGGCCUGUACGAACCACUCAAACACACCAGGCCUUGGGCCCUUCUCUGUUGCCAGAACAUUCCUGGGACCAUUCAUUCUCGUGAGCAUCCAGCCCCCCCCCCCCCCACGCCCCCUGCCCCCUCCCCUGGAUAGCUUUCUGCUCCUCGGACACCCGCCCUCGCUCAUCCGUCCUCACCCACACAAUGUGCCCCAGAGCCCCUGAGGACACGGCCGCCUCCCUCCCCCACAGCCCACACCUUGCGGUACCUGCCCUGUGGCGAGCCAGUGUUGACGGCAUCUGAGCUAAGCCACGCCUUCUGCUUCUGACAGAGAGUUUCUGGAAACUCCUAUGCCCCCCCCACCACGUCCAGCAUUCCCCAGCUUGCAGUGUGGCGUGUGCUCGUGGCAGGACGUGCCAAGGCUUGGCGUGUGCCAGGCCCACACCCAGGCUCCGUGUUCAGUGGAGCGGAGCGAAGCAGCUUUCCCCGUGUCUUCGGAAGCGUUGAGCGUCAGGCCUCCUCCUCUCCCUGCCCU